AUGCCGCAUGGAACGCUGUGGGUCUAUCUGUUGACAUGCUUCGCAGCCGCUGAUCUGAACCGGGGCUUACGAUAUCAGACCAUUCCAAGCAUGGCGUCUGGCGCCGGCAGCCCCGCCGUCUUGGAGAAGAACGGCAAGGUGAGAUGGAAGCACUUGACUACCACAUCAGCCUUGGAGACAGAUCCGAGCGUUUCCUCUUGUUGUGCAGACCCUCAUGAGGACGUGCGUCACGGGUGACCGCACCAAACCCAUCAUCUUUUUCAUUCACGGCGUGAGAUGAGGGACACACAGACAGGCCAGCCGCGUGUGCCUUCCAUCCCACUGUCCGUGUGUCCCUCCGGUGUGGAUGCAGUUCCCCGACGACGAGAGUGUCUGGGACGACGCAGUGCAGCACUACCAGGGCCGCUACCAGUGUGUGUGCGUGACUUUGCCCAACUGCGGAGGGGUGGUUGAUCGGUCGUGGGGCUUUGACUUCCCGGAGAUGCUGCACAUGCUCAAGAACACGGUGGAUGACGUCAACCCUACGGGUGCUCCGAUGGUGGUGGUGGCGCACGACUGGGGCACGGCCUAUGCGAGGUAGGGACCCAUGCUAUGCCAUUAAUUACGAUAAAUGGAUGGAUGAAUGGAUGGAUGAAUGGAUGGUUGGGUGCUUGAUAUAUAGGGCAUUCGAGAAGGCCUACCCCCACCUCGUCAAGAAACUCGUGCUCAUCGGUACGGCUUUUUGCAGUCCAUCCGUCUGACUCACUCAGUGUUUGUCAAUCGUAUGUGCGUCUGUCUAUCUGUUGGUCGUCCCAUCCAUUCACUCACUCAGAUAUCGGUCCCGACUUCGCCGCCCUUCCCUCGUCGCCCAUGAUCGUCUUCCGCAGCAGUCAUCCGUCGAUCAUCGGCUACUUGCUGCAGCCCCUCUACACGCUGGUACUGGCGUGUGUCUUCCUGGCCCAGGCAGCCAUCCCCAUCAGAAGCGUCGGCCACUUCGUCGCCGGCGUGCUGAACACCAUCUUGACCAUCAUCUGGAAACUCAUCAACAUGAUCUUCCACCCGCCCAACGUCAAGCUGCAGUUUGUGCACCGCAAGAGCCCCUAUCAGUACGCCCAGGCCUACCCCUACUUCUACCUCUGGAAGCAUGUUCUCUUCGGCAGCGCCAAUAAUGCCUUCGGUCGGUACGCACAUACAUAUGUGUGUGGGGUGAAUGGACAGACAGCGAGGAGGGAGGAAAGGCACGGCAAGGCACCCCGGCCGGCCGGCAGGCCACCUUGUGCGCGGUGUUUGUGUGUCAUCCAUCCAUCGGUGUGUGUCAUCGAUGUGUGUGUCAGAUGGUGAGUGGUCCGAGCCCAAGUGCCCGGUGCUGUUUGUGUACGGCGGGCAAGGCAUCAAGGCCCUCAUGAACUACCACUCGCCGGCCGUGCUCAAGUGGUUCAAGGAAAAGGCUCCCAAGGGCAGCCAGGCCGUCGCAUUCAACAACGCCGGUAGGUAAAUACGGUAGAGACCAUACAUACAUACAGAAAUGGAUGGACUCAUACACACACAGAGAUGGAUGGCUGCCACACGCAUCUGUGAGUCUAUGUGUGUCGAAUGGAUCUCAUGUGUGGUUGCUGUUGGUGUUGCUGUGCAGGUCAUUGGGUGAUGCAUGACUGCCAGAAGGAGUUCCACACACUCGUGGACCAGCUCCUCGCGGCCACAGACUGAGAACGGCCACAGAAGGGGCGGUAGCUAGCGAUGAGGUGCGUCUUGUGGGUACCGGUGUAGUGGGCUGGCUGUAUGUGAUCGAUCCGUUUUUCCAUCUCCCUUUGUCGUGAGAGCGAUCAGUGAGUGUAUCAAGUGACGUUAU